UCAAGAGAAAAGAUUAGAAAUUAGUCAGAAUCGUGUAUAUGAUUGAAUUUCUCAAUAGAUAAUUAAUAAUUACUGUGUUAUAAUAUUAAAAUUAAUUAAUAUAAGAUAUAAUAAUGAUUUUGUUAGAGAUACACAAUAGGAUACUAGAAGAAACGUUAAGUAACAAAAUAAAAAAUGCUCUGUCGGGUCAUAAACCAGAAUCUACAGAUGUUGUUAUAGCAGAUUUUGAUGGAGUUUUAUUUCAUAUUUCUAAUUUAAGUGGUGAUAAGUCAAAAAUUAGAAUAAGUAUUUUACUUAAAUUUUAUAAACAAUUGCAAGAACAUGGGGCUGAUGAGUUACUUAUACGUGAAUAUGGACCUUAUCUUAUAGCUCCUGAAAAUGGUUAUAAUGUCUCUGUAUUAAUAGAUUUGGAAAAUUUGCCUGAAGAUUGGGAAUCAUUAGUUAAAAAAAUUGCACUUUUAAAAAGGCAUUGUUUUGCUAGUGUUUUUGAAAAAUAUUUUGAUUUUCAAGAAGAAUAUUAUGAUUCACCAGGUACACAAUUGCAAAAAAGGGCAGUUAUUCAAUAUAGAGAUGAAGAAACAAUGUAUGUUGAAGCCAAAAGUGAUAGGGUAACAGUGGUAUUUAGCACAAUAUUUAAAGAUGAAGAUGAUAUGGUUAUUGGAAAGUUAUUUUUACAAGAAUUGAAAGAGGGCAGACGUGCAAGUCAUACAGCUCCACAAGUUUUAUUUAACCAUCGAGAACCACCAUUAGAAUUACAAGAUUCUGAAGCAGCUGUUGGAGAUUGCAUUGGAUAUAUUACAUUUGUAUUAUUUCCAAGACAUACAAAUAGAGAAGCUCGUGAUAAUACCAUUGACUUAAUACAUAUGUUUAGAAAUUAUUUACAUUAUCAUAUUAAAUAUAGUAAAGUUUAUAUUCACUCAAGAAUGCGUACAAAAACAACAGAUUUUUUAAAAAUAUUAAAUAGAGCAAGAUCUCAAUCAAAAAACACUGAAAAAAAAACUAUCACGGGUCGAACAUUCAUUAGGAAGGAAUGAGUGUAAACAUAAAAUUAUAUUCCUUAUAUUGUUUUAAAAAGAUAAAUGAUUUCACAUUUAUCUUAUAGAUUUAUUAGAAAUUUUUUGAUCUUCUGGCAAGAAAAUUUGUUAUUGUUUAUAACAAAAGAUUCUAAUUCAUCACAUGACUUAAAAACUAUCAAUUUUUGAGUCUUAACAUUCAUUAUCUAUGAACAAUAUAAUGUUCUUUAUAAAAAUUCUAUAUUGCUAAAUACACUUGAAAUGUGUACACAGCAAUAUAUGAUUGAAAAGUCAUUUUAUAUCAAAAUUUUUUAAAUAAUAUUAUCAAAAUGCAUAA